CUAAAGCUUAGUAUCAAUAGCAGCAUUUCAGUAAUGUAUAGUAGUAUUCGAGUAGUGUAUCUUUUACCACUUUGUCGCGUAUGUCACCUCAGAUUGACUUGUAUAACAACUUAGUUUCUGCUAUGAGAAUGUUAAUCAAACCAAACGGAUUGGGUAUAGAUACUAGCAGAGAUAUGAAUACUCUAUUGAAGGUCUAGUGAUAUUUAGCAGUGAGUUGCUGAAUACUUGGCGACAGCAAAACGGUGAUUUUCGACGGUGAUAAAAUGUGGUGGAUCGUUGUACUGCUCUAUGUGGCAUUCGAUUUGAAUUACUUCAUUCGAACGCUAUGCACAAUAGGGUCGAUAGCGUUGUCCAGAAGAAAUCUUAAACUCACAGAAACCAUUACGACCUACGGCAUCUGUACUACCCAAGACAUCGAUAUAUUCCUAAAUCACAUGAACAACGUCCGUUUCCUGCGAGAACUAGACUUUGCUCGCUACCAAUGGUACGGUCGAUGUCGGUUCUGGACAAAUUUUAAUGCUGCCGGUGGGUCAGUAAUGCAAGGCGCAACGAUGAUACGUUACCGUAAAAUGAUUUCGCUACUGCAGCCUUUCCGGGUGGAAACACGUCUAGUCUGGUGGGACGAAAAGAGUCUCUAUUUCGAGCACAAGUUCAUUACACUGCUAGACGGAUUUAUUCGCGCAAUUGCCUUUUCGAAGCAGGUAGCAGCGAAAGUCAACUUAAACGAUUUCAUGGGUCGAUUCGAGGAAUGCCUGAAUAAGCCACCCCAACCGGAUGAAAUCCGUCACUGGUUAGCAGCGAAUGAGGUGUCUAGUCUACAAAUACGCAAAGAUAGGUAAAAGGGGACGUAAUAAACGCAAAUUUUAACAGUUGUACCAUUUUUAGGGAGAUUAAGAACAAUAGCAGUGCAAAUGUAAAUAAUGGGUUUUGUAGGGUUUUAUAAUAAUUUUUUACGUUAGUCGUAAACCAAUGUUUAACAAUUGUUUCAUAGUACCUGAUGAUACGACGUGCAGGUUUUGAUCAGUUUGC